AUUUAUUAUUACUUCCAAAACCUUAUAAAACCACUUUCAGAACCUCUCUCAGCCUCCCCCAACUUUCCACACCCUUCCUUUCAUAGUUUCUGCAACUCAUCAACCAAGCCAUCCACCUUCUUCAAAGUUUUCGUUUCAGUCUCUUUUAGCUCUGAAAAUGACAUAGACUCAUCAUUCUGUUAUUCUUGAGAGCCCCACCCUUUUUGGUGAUUGACUGUUGAUUUUCGUGCUGCUUUGUCAAAAAUAAAAAAGAGCUUGUUUGCUUACCGGAAGUAAAGUUUUUAGCUUUAAGACGCCCCAAUAAAGGUUUUUUGGGCUAUUUGUUUGUUGACAAAAACUGCGAUUAAAGCCAUUUUUGUUGGCUUUUACUUAGCUUUUGUUGAAUUUAGAGUGAUUUUGGAGGUGGGUUUUCAAGGGCUUCCUCUACAAGGUUUAAAGAUUUCAUUUUGAGCUCCACUGGCAAUGCUCUCUCUGCUUUCUCGGGAGAGUAAGGGAUAGAAGUGUUUGAAGAUGAUGGAAAACAAGAGAAGCCCUUGCUCAGUUGACCAUGGCACUCUCACUUCUCUUGCAACUAAAAGACACAAGGCUGAUUUUUCUAUCUCCACCAAGGAACGAAAAGAGAAACUUGGGGAACGCAUCGUAGCUCUGCAGCAGCUUGUUUCACCGUAUGGAAAGACUGAUACUGCAUCUGUCCUUAUGGAGGCGAUGGAAUACAUACGGUUCCUUCAUGAACAAGUUCAGGUGUUGAGUGCUCCAUACCUCCAAGGUACAUCGACAGCACAAAUGCAGGGGUUAGGGCAACACAGUCUAGAAAGCAAAGGUUUAUGUCUUGUACCAAUCUCUUACACUGCAGGCAUUGCUCGUAGCAAUGGUGCAGAUAUCUGGGCCCCCAUCAAGAGCCCUUCUCCCAAAUGUAAUAAGUCUAUUUAACAAUUUCAUUGACACAGUUUAGCUCAGCAACUUGAAGGUUGUUUCAAGUUUCUAGAUAAGGUGGCGUUAAGGGUAACCAACAUUCGGGAAGCGUGACAAAGUUUUGUCCAGCAGAUGCAACUCUGUAACAGAAUUCAACAUCGGAAAAAUGGAGCUUCGUAUGUUAUAUUAGCCAAGCUCUGAAUGAUGUAAAAUGUCAAGUCCCUAUUCUAGUUUUAAGUGAUGACAAGGCAACGGUAUAUGUAUUUCCCGAUUAGCAAAAUGUAUAUUUACAAACCUAAGAUGUACAAUAAACAUUAACAGAGGAUUAAUCAAAUAUAUGGGGAGGCAUUUAUGGUUUA